GUGUGACAGGAGGAAAAAAGAGGAAUAAUAAUUUUUCAAUCCCAAAUGUCUGCCUAAUGUUUUUAAAGUCAGGACAUUGGUUAAAUAAUACUAAAUAACAUUCUGAUCCAUUUCCUCUUGCAAUCUUGUUUUUUAUUUGGUCUCUAUAAAUAAUGUUUUAAUUGUUGGUUCUACUGUAUACCCCUGAAAGCUACUGAGAAUGAGAUGGGCGGCCAUGAUAGACAGACAGACAGAUUUAAUUUUCAUUUUUGUUUAACUUCUGCUUCUAGCAUCGCUUCAAAUAGAUCCUCCACAGACAGGCUGUGCGCACCAGUUCCCUUUUACGCUCGGGCAUCGGUCCGGUCUUAUAGACUCCGGGGAAUGAACGUGGAAUGCCCUGCAUACUCCGGACGGAUGUGUGGGCGGGCCGGCCAACGGUUGGGCAAUCCGGAUCCUGCUCCAGAGAAGGCAGCCAGCAGGGAGCGCGACGCUUGGCAUUGCAAAGGAGGCGUCGUCGUCCGGAGUUGCUUCCACGUCGCCUCCCACCGCGCUCGCCGAGAGGAGGAAGCGGAAUCGUCAUGGCCUUGUCUCCUGGGUUCUGCGCCUUGGGGUGGGACUUCAGCACCCAGCAGCUGAAAGUAAUUGCGAUUGAUGAGCAGUUGAGAGUCAUCUACGAGGACAAUAUUAAUUUCGACAAAUAUCUACCAGAAUUUGGCUGGAAUUCCUUGACCGAUGGUGCAGGCGGCAUGGGCGACACAGUUUCCCAUAUAACCUGAAUCCAUACCUUAAAGCAGUGAUGGCGAACCUUUUAGAGACCGAGUGCCCAAACUGCAACCCAAAACCUACUUAUUUAUCGCUGGAUGCCAGCACUCAAGGUGGUGUUUAUAUACAUGAUGACAGAUUAUCAGUCUCUUCUCCUGUGUUAAUGUGGAUCAAGGCCCUGGAUCUGAUUUUGGAAAAGAUGAAAUCUGCAGGGUUUAAUUUUUCCGCUGUAAAAGCUUUGUCUGGAGCUGGACAGCAACAUGGAAGUGUCUAUUGGAAAGAAGGAGCAAGCUCUGUUUUGCAAAAUUUAUCACCUGUUCUUCCUAUACAUCAAUCACUGAAGAACUGCUUUUCUGUCAGCAAUAGUCCAAUCUGGAUGGAUUCCAGCACAGCUGCCCAGUGUAAUUCUCUGGAAAAAAAGGUCGGAGGGGCUCAGAAAUUAGCCGACAUCACUGGCUCCCGAGCUUAUGAGCGUUUUACAGGAAACCAGAUAGCGAAGAUUUACAGCCGGGAUCCUGAAGUCUAUUCACAAACUGAGAAAAUUUCCUUGGUGAGCAGCUUUGCAGCCUCUCUUUUCCUAGGUGCCUAUGCUCCCAUAGAUUAUAGCGACGGAUCUGGCAUGAAUUUAUUGCAGAUUCGGGAAAAAGUUUGGAAUCCAGUCUGCCUUGAUGCUUGUGCACCCCAGUUGGGAAAGAAACUGGGCCAACCUGUGCCCUCAAGCAAAAUACUGGGUUUAAUUUCACCCUAUUACACUGAACGAUUUGGAUUUAAUCCUGCCUGCCAAAUAGUAGCCUUUACUGGAGACAAUCCAGCGUCUCUGGCCGGAAUGAGACUUUCUGAAGGCGACAUAGCAAUUAGCCUUGGCACUAGUGAUACCCUGUUUCUCUGGAUUAAAGAGCCAAACCCUGCUUUGGAAGGUCACAUUUUCUGUAAUCCAGUUGAUUCACAAGCAUUUAUGGCCCUGCUUUGCUACAAGAAUGGCUCCUUGAUGCGAGAGAAGAUUAGAGAUGAGUUUGCGUUGGGCUCGUGGGAAGAAUUCUCAGCAGUUCUUGAGUCAACAGCUGCUGGAAACGGUGGAAAGGUGGGUUUUUAUUUUGAUGUGAGGGAAAUUACACCAGAAGCUGUGGGAAUUCACAGAUUUGAUGCCAGCAAUGCCAAGAUACCAGCGUUCCCUAAGGACGUGGAAAUACGGGCCUUGAUUGAAGGACAGUUCAUGGCCAAAAGGAUCCAUGCAGAAAAGCUGGGCUACAAAAUACUGCCAACCACAAAAAUAUUGGCUACCGGUGGGGCUUCCCAUAAUAAGGCAAUCUUACAAAUCCUGUCGGACAUCUUCAGUGUUCCAGUGUACACAAUUGACACUGCUAAUUCAGCCUGUUUAGGUUCUGCUUACAGGGCCAUUCAUGGACUCGUGGCAGAGACAGGAGUGUCCUUGACCGAUGUCGUGAAAUCAGCACCGGGGCCCCGAUUAGCUGCGACUCCAGCUGCAGGCGCAACUCAGAUCUACAAACCCUUGCUUAAAAGAUACAUGGAACUUGAGCAGAAGGUGCUGAAUAAAUCAAAGUAAUAUCUUUGAAGAGAAUCUAUCAGUAAUGAUUUAAACGAAGAAUAUAUUGAAGAGUGAAAGAAACAGGGUCCACAGUUGUGUAAAACAUUCUUGAUUUUGUAAUUGAAAUAGUAUUGUGGAAUAAAUAACUGCACUUGUUUUGUUCA